UUUACCCGCUCCAAGAGAGCCCGUUUUAUCCAAAGUGAGCGAGGCGCUCGGUCACUUCAAGUUUCUCCCGCGCCCUCGCCGAGGCUCUCCCGAAAGGCGCCGUUGAGCUCUCCGAAGCGUCACGCCGCCGCUUGUCGCCGUUUCCCACCGAUUAUCGCGGCAAACACGCCGUGUCUCGUUCGGAUUGGCGGCCGUCCGGCGCCCUUUUAAAGGCGCCCUGUAAAACGAGGCAUCACUGCGCACCAAUUCCUGGACUGGGGAGACACGGCAGUACCUCUUCUAGAGGAAUGAGCCGUUGGACUCUCGCCAAGCGGCGCUUUCGCUCGUUAUUCGCCCGAUAAAUACCGCGAGAAAACACAAAUCUGCGCGCCUCACUGACACGGCUGCAUAGCGCCCGACGAGUUGAGUCUACACCAUCCUCAUGUGUCUUUUAAGGGGCCGACUCCCCGCGUGAGAGGGAGGUUCCUCUGAACAGUGCAGCUCGUGCUCAGUCUCGCUCCGCUCGCAGUAAAAACAGAACGAUGGCAGAAGCCGCUCCCGCUCCAGCCGCCGCACCGCCCAAAGCUCCCAAGAAGAAAAGCGCCGCCCGGCCCAAGAAAGCCGGCCCCAGCGUCGGUGAGCUCAUCGUCAAGGCUGUUUCGCAGUCCAAGGAGAGGAGCGGCGUGUCUCUCGCCGCCCUGAAGAAAGCUCUGGCUGCCGGCGGCUACGACGUGGACAAGAACAACUCCCGCGUCAAGAUCGCCGUUAAGAGCCUCGUGACGAAGGGCACUUUGGUGCAGACCAAAGGCACCGGCGCGUCGGGCUCCUUCAAGCUCAACAAGAAGCAAGCCGAGCCGAAGAAGAAGCCGGCUAAGAAAGCAGCGACCAAACCCAAGAAGGCGGCCGCCAAGAAGCCCGCCGCGGCCAAAAAGCCCAAGAAGGUAGCGGCGAAGAAGCCCGCGGCCGCCAAAAAGUCGCCGAAAAAAGCUAAGAAGGUAGCGGCGAAGAAGCCAGCGGCCGCCAAGAAAGUCGCCAAGUCUCCCAAGAAAGCCAAGAAGCCGGCGGCCCCGAAGAAGGCGGCCAAGAGCCCGAAGAAAACAAAGGCCGUCAAGCCCAAAGCAGCCAAGCCCAAGGCGGCGAAAAAGGCCGCCCCCAAGAAGAAGUAAACGUGCCGU